AUGCUUCCAGCAGAAUGCAGAGCGAUUGUUUCUAUUGCAAUCAAAGCUGCUCUGUAUUCUACAGUAGGCAGCUCGGCAACAACACCUUUGGCAGCAAAGUGCCCUCCCAUCCUCACUGUCCUAGGCUCGGCAAAGUAUUCUCCCGUCCUCACUGUCCUGGGGCUUCCAUCUCGGCCUUCUCAGCCUCUCUGGACACCAUCCCCGACCUCUUCUUGCGCUGCUGCCAUUGCCAUCCUGCGCUCCCAGCCUCUGGCAUCUCCUCAGCCAUCUACAUCCUCUGUUUUUCAUCAUCCACAGCAGCAUAUUCCUCUGUAG